ACCGAGUUCAAAAACCGCUCGAGUCCAUAGCAGAAUAUCAAAACCGGUUCUAUCGGAUGUUUGUGAAAACUGAGCAGGGCGAGCAAGUAGGGAGAGAUCUGUUUAUAGAUGGACUCCGCAGCCGGACGAUAAGGGCAAAACUGCGGAAACGGUUCUCCCCCAUCAAUCACACGCUGCAACAGAUUAUGGCAGCUGCAGAAGAGACGGAACGGAAGUUCGCGGCGAGUUUCUUAGAAGGAGAGGACUAUCCUAAGGAAGGAUACUCGUCCGAGCUUUCGAGGGCAAGGGCUGAGCUGGUAAAGGUCACGUGGACGCGGCAUGAGGAGCACCGCCAGUGGGCUGAGUACCUUGAGCUGCUAAUCGUCCAGGCGUGGAAAACGAGAGUGGAGGGCGAUCUACUCGAAUUCCUCUUCGGAUCGGUGCGGCCCGACCAUCACCAACUGAUCGUGCAAGAGCUAACGGUCCCCCUUGCGCAGCUGGCCGAUGACCUCCCACUUGAGAUCGUCUCACAGAGCGACAACAGCCCAAUCCCGCACGUUCUCACGCAGACUUUGGCGCCAUAUCUUCAGUGGUCGGCGUGCUUGGAGGAACCGGGAAGCGGCCGCAACCCAUCGUCACAGCGCGAUUAUCUGAGCCCGUACGAAAUAGUGGAUCUCUCCUUCUUUCAAAAUCGAAUGGCUUCCGAGAACAAAGAGGUAGAGAUUGAAGAAGAGGAGGAAAACUCGGAAGAAGAAGAAGGUGAAGAAGAGGACGCAGAGGGAGAGACUCCGGAAGAGGGGAGUUACGGUGAGCACAACGAAGGGGAACAAAGCCCGGAAGAAGAGGACGAAGAAGAGGAAGAUCAGGAGGAGCUAGGAGAGUCAGAGUGGGAAGGAUUUGAGGAGGAGGUGCGUGCGGAGGCUCGAGCGCAAGCCCAAGCGCAGAAGAGGGAGGAGAUCGCAGCCGGAAAGCGACAGCUGGAAUUCGCCAGCGCAGCCAGUCAGCAGCUCACCGAUGAUCCGGCCCCGGAUCCAGAGCCACCUAAGCCCGAGGAUGGGGACCCAGCUGCCGAGACUUCGGCCGCACCGGCAAGGCGGCGACGAAGCCGAUCCCCAUCCCCCUCCACCUCAGCCCGUUCCCCAAUUCGUCCCCGUACUGAUGCGGGGCAUCGGGCUUCGUCCCCGGUCGUUAUCCCACCGUCCCCUUGACCACCUUUCUUUUCGCCAGAUUACCACUCGCGUUACCUUCCCCAAC